AUGGCGAUGUCGAGUGAGGAACAGCAGCCGUUUCUCGAGAGAACAAGCGAGGAUGAGACUCCCAGAGGUUCCUAUGUAUGUUGCAAGCACCAAAGUCGGAACCGAGUUCUUGCUGUCUCGGUGCUUUCGAAUGCGGUCCUCUUAACGAUUUGUGUACUCUUGAGCGCGACCCUGCUAUUCGUCUCUCGCUCGAAUACACGCAAUGAGAGACCGUAUGGGGAGGUUGAGGACCCAUACUCGCCGGCCAACGACAUCAUUGAAUAUGAAUAUCGAUCCAUGAUGAAAAACGACACUCGAUUUAGAGGACAUCCCGGACCCGAGUGGCAACAGUCCAUGAGUGAACUGAUGUCUGGAACGCUCUUCCGUAUCUCCGAAGAAGAACUGGCGCAAUCCGGCGGCGACUCCAUCCCAUUAAAGGGAGGAGGAUAUGCCGCAGGUCUGGGAGUUGCGCAUAGUCUGCACUGUGUGAAAAAGAUCAAAGAGUUCCUCUACCACAAAGACGUCUACCCGGGAAUGGACGAAAGUAGCGAAGAGUUCUUAUAUCUUCAAGAUCACGCAGACCACUGCCUCGAUUUCCUCCGUCAGGGUAGCUUAUGCAAUCUGGACUACUCUCUCUACACGGUCUUUUGGGGUCCACGCAGACAGGACAUCCCGACACACAAUGUGCCCAAGGUGCAGAAAUGCGUGAACUGGGAGAAACUGCAUACAUGGAUGGAAGGACGGGCAGCGAAUACCGACGAGUUGAUCGGCCCUUGA